AUAUACUAUACAGUCGCGGUACGAUCUCUGCGUGCGGUAGUCGCGUAGGGUGAUUGCGUCCCUGUGUUUACGGACGCGUCUAACAUAAGUUGGAAAAAGAACUUUUUAAUGAAUAAACUUUUCGUGUUGAUAUAUUAUUAUUACGUGUGUUUAAAUAAUGGACAAACCAGGACCCAAUUCUAGUUCUCCACCCGGAGCUCCAGUGAAAAAAGAAAAUGAAGAGGAAAUUAAGGAAUUUGCCGAAACAGCAAUGAAUGAACUUCUUGGCUGGUACGGAUAUGAGCGCUUAGAGCUACGACGGUGGGCUGCAUCCCGCGCCAGAGAACCCUCCAGCCCUGAACAUUCCACCGAACAAAAGAACAAAGAUGAAUGUUCCUGGUGCAACAAGAAUAUAACCAGCGAAAGUGGCGCCCUCCAGCAAGCGGGUGCAGCUUUCUGCUCAGAACUAUGUUUCAGCCAAUCGCGACGCGCUAAUUUCAAACGCGCCAAGACUUGCGAUUGGUGCCGGCACGUCCGUCAUACUGUUGCUUACGUGGAUUUUCAGGAUGGCGCAACGCAGCUCCAGUUUUGUUCAGAUAAAUGCUUAAAUCAAUAUAAGAUGCACAUAUUCUGUCGCGAGACACAAGCACAUCUCGAUCUCAACCCACAUCUUGUCAGCUCGUCUUCAACAUCUAAUCUUAUCACACCAGACUUGUGGUUGAAGAACUGCAAGAGUCGUUCAGUUUCCCCCGUGUCGGAACGUUCAGGAUCUCCAAAUGCAGAAAAUAAACAAACUAGUGACAAAACAGAACCGACCAUAAGAACAGACCAUAGAAAAUCACCUGUUCCACUAAUUACCGUUGCACCGACAGCUAAACUCAUGAACCCAAAAAUUCCAGAAGAGAAAACAUUCACUCAGAAAUCUCCAGAAACAAAGAAAGAACUUCGGCAUAAUAAUAAGAUGAAUUUGCGAAAACGGAGGUCCUCCAAAUGUACAUCCACAGUGACAUCACAAUCGUUGAGGCAACAACACGCUACAACGCCAAAAGCUCAGGACUUAAGGAUGUGUAGCCCAUCCAUGGACGGAUCGUCGCCAUCUUCAUCUGUUACCAUUGGAAAUAGUGCAAUACACUCACCACCAAAUGUGAAUCCCCAAAUUCCACCAUUCCCUAAUGCAAUGUUCGGAAUGCCACCGCCAGUUUUUCUUGAUAAUAAUGCGGCACACAUGAACGACUAUAGACAUCCAGGAAUGUUCCCGCCACGAUUUGGUUUUAUGCCGCCCCGGCCAAUGAUGCCACCGGAGAGGCCAAGAUUAAUGCCUCCUAUCAACUUCGCACAAGCAAUUGGACAACCUCCACCGGUCACGGUAUUGGUUCCAUAUCCCGUAGUGUUACCAAUUCCACUUCCUAUUCCUAUUCCGAUUCCACUAUCGUCAUUCUUACAAGCGCAUCGAAUAAAUAAAGUCAAAACUGAAGUAAAUAAUGAUGAUGCAGAAGGCCCGCUAGAUUUUACAAUGAACAGUGACAAAAAUGAUGCUAAAAAGGUAGUAGCUGAAAGCAAUACAGACAAUGAAGAAACUUUGAGCCAUGAUAUAAAUAAAGAAAGCGAAGAUAGACUGGAUGGUGAAAAAGACAAUGGUGAAGUAGCCGAAACAAAUCCAGAGCACACUCUUCCAAAGUUUAAAAUAACAAGACUGGGAAAUAAAAUGGCUAAAAUCGUGACCAAGGCCAGAGAGCCAUCAGAAUCAUCGCGCCCUCUGAGGAAACGACGGAGACUCGUGGAAGUAGCUACUGAAGACGACGCAAUUAUUCACAAGACCAGAAAAAUUGUUCAAGUUUAGAUUACUUUCUUAAUCAUACCAAUUAAAAUUCAAUACAUAUCACAAAUUAAAGAACUCAGUUCAUUAUCUUCAAAUUACUAGUCCUAGGCUUAAGUAUGGUUAAUUAAUUUUAUUGUAUUAAUAAUAAUUAUUGUUAUUGUAAGUUUAAACUUUAUUAUGUAUUUAAUUAAUGCACAUAAAACGUGAUAUCAUGGUAGGUACUUACGAACAUUGAAAUAAAGAUUGUCUGCAUAAA